AUGAUACAAGCAAAAGAGAAAGCUAUGCGUCAAUCUGGAGAAACCAUCAUGACAGUUCCAACAUCAACAUCAACGAUGCCGGAAACGAAGGAGUCAAUGAUGGUCGAAGAGGGUGAAAUCAUGGAGGAACUCGCAAUCCCUGAACAGCCUGACCUCGAAACACAGCUGCCGGUACGAACCCCAGGGACUGAGGCUGCAGGAGCUAAGAAAGGACGAGUUGAUUUGCUAGCACAGCUCUAUAGUGAUCAAAAGCGAAUCGUCCAGAAAGCUCUUUCAGACAAAGCUGAUUUUGAAGCAAAGCUACAGGCCGCCAUAGCUGAAGCCCAUGCUGCCAAGGUAUGGGCCUUGGCUGAGGUCAAAGCCGCCAAUGCUGAGGCUGCCGAAGCUGCGAACACAGAAAAAAUGCGGCGUCGGCAACAAGUCGAACUUAACGAUGUGCAGAAACAGCUCGACGCAAACCUCAGUGAACGCACCAGUCUCAAUGAAAAACUUCAGACUGCCAAGAGUGCGGUAGCAGCGGCUGAGAAGGAAAGGGAUGAGCUGAAAUUGCAACUACUUUGUGAGCAACAACUUCUCAUGGCAGCACUCAAUCAACAUACCAAUCUAAAUGAGAAAUUUCAGAAAGCUCUUACAGACAAGGCUGAUUUAGAAUCAAAGCUACAUGCCGCCAAAGCUGAAGCCCAUGCUGCCAAGGCUGAGGCCGCCAACGCUGGGAACAUGUAUUAUUUGCUGGUAAUGAGACUGCAGGAUACUCAACAGCUACUCAAGGAAGCACUUGCUACCAAGGAUGAGGGCGAGGCUGCCAAACCUGAGGCUGCCACCGAUGGGAACAUCAAACAAGACUUUCAGCUGCGGGAUACUCAACAGCUACUCAAGGAAUCACUUGCUGACAAGGCCGAUCUAGAAUCCAAGCUACGAGCCGCCAAUGAAAAAGCAGCCACUGAACGAGACGACGUGCAAUCGAAACUUGAUGAUGCUUUACAGACGCUCCAUGGGGCUCUUGCUGAUCUGAAUGAUGCAGAAAGAAAGGUACAUAGAAGUCAGGCGAGUGCAACAGCUGCUGAAAUUGAACGGGAUGGACUGCAGUUUCAACUGGAUGGUGCUUUGCAGCAACUAAGAGAUAGAUCUGACAUCGUGACAAAGGCGGCGGCAGCUGAUAUUGAAUUCGAUGGACCACAAUUCCAACUUAAUGAUGCACAGCAACAGCUCGACGUAGCUUGCAACGAACGCACCAAUCUCAAUGGAAAACUUCAGACUGCCAAGAGCGCGGCAGCAGCGGCCGAGAAGGAACGUGAAGAGCUGAAGUCACAACUACAUUGUGCUCAACAACUUCUCAAGGCAGCCCUCAAUCAACGUACCGAUCUCAAUGAGAAACUUCAGACUGCCGAGGCUCGUGAUGAAGCAUCUUUGAAGGAACGAGAUGAACUAAAAUCACAACUAAAUGCUACCCAACAAGAGCUGAAGUCCUUGCAUUCUGAACUUGCUGGCCUCGAAGAAAAGCUUCAAGUUGCCCAAGCUGAUGCAAACGCAACUGGGAUUGAACGAGAACGUUUGGAAGUGAAACUCAGGAAUGCCCAACAACAGUUCGAGACAGCACUAGGUGACCAGACUGCCAAGAUUGAAUCAGAAGGUCUACAGAGACAGCUGUCGAUUGCCAAACAACAACUACGGGCGGCCUUUUCUGAGAGAAAUGACCUGGAAACGAAACUGCAAGACAAUCAGACAAGGUUGCAAACUGCCUUGGUGGCAGCAAGUCCUAUUCUGAUGGAGAAACUGCAAUCGAAACUUGAUGGUGCGCAACAACAACUCAAGAUAGCCCGCACCAAAGGGACCGAGUUAGAAGCGCAGUCUGCUUUGGCCAAGGCUGUCGGGGCUGAGAAUGAACGGAAUGAGCUUCAGGUGCAACUCAAGGGUGCCCACGAAGAACUCAAAAUCGCACUUGCUCGCCGGAUUGACCUAGAAACAAAGCUUGGGGUGGCUCAAAAGAAUCGCAACAGCCUUCAAUCGCGACUAACACAAACUCAGCAACAACUAAACAAGCUUAAGAUCACAAUGGCUAGCAAUCAGCAGGAGAAGCCAGCCAGCGACCAGAGACCAAAACGGAGUGGAGCAUCCGAGCGCAGUAAGGGAAAUACAGCCAAUGAUUCUGAGUUGGCCCGCAGCAAUCAACAUUUGAAGGGUACCAUUGCAAAACUUCAGGCCAAGUGCCGUUCGAAAGGAGAAGAGCUGCGGAAGAGCCAAGAAACGCAGGAGUGUUUGGCAGUGCAGCUCGACUCAUUGAAGACGGUCAAUGCUGGAUAUGGCGUGAUUCAAAAAGCCCUGAAGUGCAGUCAAGAUCUAGAAGAACAGCUCAAAAGUGAGUUGAACAAUGCAUUGCAAGAAAACGGGCGUUUAUCAGCGCAGUUGGCAGAGACAAAGAAAGCGUUGGAACUCCAGGUGUCAAAAAACGUAGCCGCCAUGGCCGAACAAGAAAUUGAGCGUUUAUCAGCGCAGUUGGCAGAGACAAAGAAAGCGUUGGAACUCCAGGAGUCAAAAAACGUAGCCUCCAUGGCCGCCCGUGACAUGGCGCUCCGAGACAAUCGUCAAGAAGAGGACCAUGAACAGCGGUCCGAAAGUCUCCGACGCAAAGCAGUACAGCAACCCAGACGUCAUGCAAACAAGGAGACUCAGCGACAGAAGCAAAGGGUGGGGAUUGAGAUGAAGAAAACGGCUGCUGUUGCGGAGGAAGAUCAAAAUAGCGAAUCCAUGAGUACGGGAGAGCUGGGUUUGGCAAGACAAGGAAGCAGCCCUGCUCCUGACUCCAGUUUGUCCACCAAUACAAUUGAUCCAGAUGGUAUGAAGGCUGUGCAAGGAAGCACUCCCGCUCCUGACUCCUGUUUGUCCACUCAUGCAAUUGACCCGGAUGGUAUGAACGCUGUCAAGCAACCCAUUUGCAAGAAGAAAAGAGCCGCUUCUAAUGAAGCAGCAAAAGGAAAACAUGACGACAACCCGAUGAUUACCGACUAUCCCCGGUCUAAGAAGGCACGCAAAUCGCCGCAAGAAGGAGCCUCUGCUCCCCCCAACAACAGGCCUACGGCACAAGUUCGUGUCAAGUGCGAAGAUGUGCCACCUUCCGCUGACAGAAGUUCCGUAUUGCCUUCUGCUGCAAUCAAAACCGAAGCAGCAGCAGCACCACCAGCUGCUGUGAAGCUUGAUGCUGAUGUGAUGAUGUCUCCUUUCGAUUUGUUCGUCAUGAUGAUUCUCGUGGUCAAGGGCAAAGUGUGA